GGCGCCCGCGGAUCCCGCUAGUCCAGUCGUCACCUCCGGGGCGCCUUCCAGCCUUAGAAUGAGGAAGGGCGCAGACCCAGGGGAGGUAGAAGGGCCUGCGGCGGGGACACGCGGGCCUCCACUGCUGCCACGCCUCCUUCACGGCCGACGCGGUGCCCCUGGUGUCAUUUUGCCGCUCAGGGUUUGCAGAGCCCAGAGAGCUGAAUGUGUAACUUCGCCCCCUAAUUCUUCGGGGACCUGCAGUGGGGAGGACAGCGGACGUCUGGCGGGUCCUGACUUUCGGCCUGGGCUGCUGGCGAGACCUCCGUCACUGCAUGCGACCCUCACACCAGCCUGUCCCGCGGGUCUGUCCCUCGGUCCAUGUUGGCCAUGAAAAGAGCUCGCCCCGCGUGUCCCCAGCGACGCUCACCGGUGAGCCUCGUGGUGUCCUGGAUGCUUCGUGUCGCCGACUCGGAGGUCCGCUUCUCCUGUAGGACCCGCCCUGCCGACCCCCGCCGCACCUCCUGCAUUCAGCGCAGACCUGAGCGGACAGCGCCAAGGCAGCGGGGGUUGAGAAUCUGUCUCUGAGAACCUGAAACUGUUCCUCUGCUGAUACUCCGUGUUUCCCAGCAGCCUUCCCACCCCAGAACGUUCCAGAAAGAACCCCACGGGGAGGGGGGCACCUCCCUGCUGCAGCAAAACACACCUCCCCCACCACUACCAGCGUUAAGUCAGAACGGCCAGAGGAAGGUUCUGCCAGCAUUUCCCUCGAGCUGGUCUGCAGACCCCUUCGGCUGGGAACCGGUCCCGGGAGCUCUCCACCGGCACACAGAGAGCCCACAGUGCCUCGGGAAAAGUUGGCUGAAUAAAAGGGCAAUCAGGACGCCACGGCUCCGCCUGAAGCGAUGGCCCAGCCCUACCCCCCCGCCCAGUACCCCCCUCCGCCACAGAACGGCAUCCCCGCCGAGUAUGCACCACCCCCUCCGCACCCCACGCAGGAGUACUCGGGCCAGACGCCGGUCCCCCCGGAGCACGGCAUGACCCUGUACACACCAGCGCAGACACACCCCGAGCCGCCACCGGGCCCCGAGGCCAGCACACAGCCCAUCGCUGGGGCCCAGACUGUGCCGCAGACAGACGAGGCGGCACAGACGGACAGCCAGCCGCUCCACCCCUCCGACCACACAGAGAAGCAACAGCCCAAGCGGCUACACGUCUCCAACAUCCCCUUCCGGUUCAGGGACCCCGACCUGCGGCAAAUGUUCGGGCAAUUCGGAAAAAUUUUAGACGUGGAGAUCAUUUUUAACGAGCGGGGCUCCAAGGGUUUUGGGUUUGUAACUUUUGAAACUAGCUCAGAUGCUGACCGAGCCCGGGAGAAGCUGAAUGGGACGAUCGUAGAGGGACGGAAAAUUGAGGUCAAUAACGCCACAGCCCGCGUCAUGACCAACAAGAAGACCGCGAACCCCUACACUAACGGCUGGAAGCUAAAUCCCGUGGUAGGCGCAGUCUACGGGCCUGAAUUCUAUGCAGUGACGGGGUUCCCCUACCCCACCACGGGCACGGCCGUGGCCUACCGGGGCGCGCACCUACGGGGUCGGGGCCGGGCAGUGUAUAAUACGUUUCGGGCUGCGCCACCCCCUCCCCCCAUCCCAACUUAUGGAGCGGCACUGGAGCAAACGCUUGUUAAAAUGCCAGUCCCAUGGGCAGGGCUGGCACCCUGCCCGCUCCCUCCUCAGCAGACACCGGAGCCGGCCUGCCCACCACUCUCUUGUCCGUUUGCUUCCAGGGUCGUGUAUCAGGACGGCUUUUACGGUGCUGAGAUUUAUGGGGGCUAUGCAGCCUACAGAUACGCUCAGCCUGCAGCGGCAGCGGCAGCCUAUAGCGACAGUUACGGCAGAGUCUAUGCGGCCACUGACCCCUACCACCACACCAUCGGCCCCCCGGCGACCUACAGCAUCGGAACCAUGUGAAAGCUUCCACCGUUUCCUUCUUGGACCAUGAAGGGCAAAAACAAAAAUCAAAAAACAAAAACAAAAAAACAAAAAACAAAAAAAAAAAAUCACAAAACAAAAAACAAAACAAAAAAAGAUGUUAAGAUCCAAGCAACAAAAAAAAACAAACAACCAAACCAAGAAGCAUCCACCACGUCCAAGUCUCGCGUGGCACCGCACACCGCAGCGAGGGAGCACGUCCGGCGGGCGCCGUGCCCAGGAGAGCGCCCCGGGCCCCGCCCCUCCCCGGCCGCGGCCCGGCGGGAUGGGGAGAGCAGGAGGGAAGGGGCCUCGUUUUCUACCAAGUCUUCCUUCCCGGCCCCCCACUCCCAGGGCACAUGGGGCCCAGAGGAGGGACAGGCCCCAGGCCUGAGCAGGGGAGAGCAGCCAGCAAGACUUGACCUUGUUGCCGACUGUGCCAGUGGAGGGGACGGCGGGGCUGGGGUGGGUGCGGGGGGCGUUGCUCAUUCCCGGGGUCUCUGGCUUCAGCCCGUGACCCUCACGUCCGGCUGUCUAGGCCCCAGCUCCCCAACUCGUGCCGUGCCGCUAGCGCCCACAUCCCAGUGAAGGGGUUUGCAGGCCCCCAGAGCCUGUCUGACCAGCAGCCCUGGGGUCCGACCCCACCACCAAGGAAGGGCUGACCCGGCUCUAGAGCUGUGGGGCGCCCAGGUCCCCCCGCCCUGUUCCAUGUGAGGGGGCUCCCGGGCAGCAGGAUCACUCCCAGUACCUAAGAACGUUGGGGGGGGAAGGGCCUUGGGGCUGAGGACUCGCUCUGGCUCUGGCCGGGUCCUGUUCCCUUUCUGCAGGUGGCCCCCCGCCUGGUCUGCGGGAGGGAAGGCAGGCUUCAGGCCGCCUGCUGGACCGACUCUCCCCACCACUGUCCUGCAGAGGAGCAGCGGGCCGGGCGGGCCAGUCGGUGCCGCACUGAGGUCCGGAGCCGGGUGCCGCGGGGCUGGGCGGCCAGGCCAGAGCAGGGAGGAGGAGGGAUGAGGAAGGGCGGCGCCCGGGUCAGGUCCCAGGGUGGCUGGAGAGCAGACGCUGGGCAGCAGGGGGAAGCCCCUGGCCAGGCAGGGGUAGCCGGAGUAGGGGACAGCAAAAAACACACACAGGCUCCCAACAUGGCUCCACUGUCUCAUGAAACGUAAAACGUAAAAAAAUUAAAUUUAAAAAAAAAACCUCACUUUAUAUAUUCAGCAUCAGCUCCUCAAGCUCUGAAGUGAGCCCCUUUUCUAUUCCCGUUGUACAGAGCCCCGCCCGCCCCACCCCUCCCGUCCAGAGCCCCCUGCUGCUCCGGACCCUCUUCUUGCGGCAGCUCCGCCCCCGGCCCCGCCCCCCCCGGCCCCCCAGGACUGCAGCCGAGCCCCAGGCUUCCUUUCUUACCAUUCUGUAUGCUUCCGAGGUGUGACCAUUCAAAUCAACAGUAUUAUUAUUAAGAUUAUUAAUAAAGAUUUCUUUCUUCAAA